CGAUGCUUUAUUAAACUGCUGCUGACGUUUGACAGUACAGCUAAACGAAAUAUUAAACAAAAAUUUUACUUAUAAGAACAACUAGCAUAAUACUUGGUUCAAAAUUGUAUAAAUAAAGAAGCUGCCUAACAGGAGCGAAAAAUGACACGCGGCAAUCAAAGAGACCUGGCGCGCGCCAAAAAUCAAAAGAAAUUAGCUGAACAAACUAGAGGCAAACGCACUGAUACCCUUACGGUGGAACAACGCAAAGCCCGGGACGCUGAACUGAUGAGAGAGAAGCAAAAGAAAAAGGAAGAUGAUGCGGCUGCAGCUGCCGCAGCUUCUAGCAAAGGCAAAUAGACAAACAUUGAUUCCAGUUCCAGCUAGAACAGCGUGCAUCAGUGCAAUCGUCUAAGGUCAACACAAAAUUUUAGUUAGGCAUAGUCAGUUACAAGAAAAGAAAGCAGCAGCCGCAAUCCGGAGACAACGAUCGAGGCCAACGUUCGACUCCAGGA